ACUACUGUUUAAACUAUUUAGGAAAGAAAACAAACAGUUUUAAUUAUUAAGGGAGCGUAACUGGUUUGUAAGUUGAGGAGUAAAAUCAGACCAACGCUAGAGUUAAAAAGAGCCAAAAUAGAUUCUUUUCCUCAAUUUAUUCAGGCACACCCCGCAGCUCGUGAACUCGGAGUCUCGGAUCCCCAAAGGUGAGACGGAGCGAAACGAGAAUGGGGAGCAAGAUGCAGCAGGCUAAGGCGCAGGCGCAGGCGGUCGUGGUCGCGCAGUCGGCGGUGGCGCCGGCGGCGGGUCACACGUACGAUCCGGCGGGCGGGGACGCGCCGCCGAAGCAGGUGGCGCAGGCGAUGGAGCGGCUAGGGCGCGCGGGCCGGCUCAUCGCGGACAUCCGGCUCAGCGGGGAUCGCCUCCUCGAGGCCCUCUUCGUCGCCGGCGGUGCGCCCCCGUACAACGCCCACCAGCACGCCGACAGGACCGCGCGCGCCGUCACCCAGGAGGAGGCUGCCAUGCGCCGCCAUUUCCAGGACCUCCGCGCCCUCGGCAGGCAAUUAGAGGAGUCUGGAGUUCUUAAUGGGGCCCUUAAAGCUCAAGGCAAUUCAUGGGGCUUGCACAUGCCACUUGUUUGUCCAGAUGGUGCUGUUGUAGCUUAUGCUUGGAAGCGUCAACUGGCGGGCCAGGCUGGUGCAUCUGCUGUUGACAGAACUAGGUUAGCUCUCAAGGCCUUCACUGACCAGAAAAGAAGAUUCUUUCCUCAUCUAGAAGACGAAGUGCUUAGCCAUCUCCAUGAUGGUGAACCUGGUGUCGCUAAAAGGACAAGAUUGUCUGCCAGCAAUGAAGAGCUAGAGGAAAAAACUUUAUCUGAAAUACUGAAAAAUCUAGGAAAUGAAGUACCUAACCUGAAAAUAUUCACAUACCGGCAUCUGGAUUGGUCAAAAAGAGCUUCAUCACUAGCAUCUCUGAUGGAUGAUGACUUUGUGGAUCCCUCUAAAGAGUUGAACCUGCAAAAUAUGGGCAAAUUGAGAUCUGGUGCUCUGACAACUUCCAUAGACCAGGUUGCAGUAAUUGAGUUGCUGGUUCCUUCAAUAUUUAGAGCUGUAGUGUCACUGCAUCCUGCUGGAUCUACUGAUCCUGAUGCUGUAGCAUUCUUCUCUCCCACCGAGGGAGGUAGCUACCUUCACGCGAGAGGCCUGUCAGUGCAUCAUGUAUUUAAGCAUGUAAAGGAACAUGCUGACAAGGCAUUGCAGUACUUCAUCAGUGUCAAACCCAGUAAAGCACUAUCUCUACUAUUGCGUUGGAUCGCCAGCUAUCAGUCUCUAUUUACAAAGGUGUGCAGCAAAUGCCGACGGCUUCUGCUGAUGGACAAAUCCUUAGCUUUGCUUUUACCUCCUGUCCACCACCCUUAUCACCAGACUUCAAAUGUAGGUUCAGAUCUUCAGGAAGCCUAUCACAUUGGAUGUUCUUCCUAUGAUGGCUAAUGCUAACACUCAAGACUCUUUAGGUAGCAGAGGAUGUUUCUGACGUUGUCACCUGACAAAGUACAUGUACAACAAUAUUUCUGUGUAGAACAGCAGUUUGCGGACAUGCAUGUAGCACAGCUGUUAAUUUGAGAACAAAAAGCUUGGUAAUUGCUUAGGUACUGGGGUUGGAUUUUCUACGCUCCUUCAAUCUUAUUAGCAGGUAUUGUGGAGACAUGUUGCAGAACUUGGAUUGUUAUUUUGAGUUUUUCUGUGUACCUUUGUUAUUUGAAGUGUUAUCAGCAUCAGUUCA